AUGGCAGACAUCAUGCAAACUGAAGAAUGGUUGUAUGAAGAAGCAAAGAGUUAUAUUAUCAAACGGUUCAACGUCGUUGAGAGCGAAAGUCAGACCAACAAAACUGAAGGACAUGAAGGGACUUUGACAAAGGAUUUGUCUUUCAAAUCAAGUGAGAAGGCCGAAACUGAAGAGGAGGAUGUCGAUGAAGAAUUUGAAGACGAAGAUGAAUUUGACGAUAUUGAAUAUGACGAUGACUGUGAGUUAGAUUGUGAUGAGCUAUACGAAGAUGAAUACGAUGAAUACGACACUACUGUAGUUGGCAUCCUCAGAGUCAAAAUUGAUCAAGCGAACGAUGUUGUUUUAUCGGGCGGACUGUUUGGUAUGGGUGUUCGCGUCUUUGAGGUUAAUUCGCAGGGAGCUGCCAACAAGGGGACGCCUGCAUACAAAGCUAACAACGUCUGCGGAGUACAUUGCCUCCCCGUACACAAUGCAAAGGGCCAGCUCAUUUUCGAAAAUUUCGAUAAAACUUUGACUGAUUUUGAUGCUGAAUUUUUUUCAUUAACAUUGAGCGAUUUGAUUAUGCGCAAUGCAGAUGGACUAUAUAAUAGGAGACAAGCUUUGGAAAAAAUUGAACAGAUCAAUAUUCCGGGAGGGAAUAAGUGCAAGGUGCGCCUUAACGCUCAAUUUUAUUCUACGAGAUUUGAAAGUGAACGCUUCCAUUUCAGCGAGGACACUGUUGACAUCGAUGACUUGUACCGUCUUAUCGGCAUGGCAUUUAACGCCAUUGCUUUCGAUGUUAGCAACGACUUAGCUCUCUGCUUUAAUUUUGGAUCUGCGUCGGAUCUCUUUCACGCCCUAUCAGCGCGUGUCGAACAAAUUGUUGCGCCCAUUGCUGAGGACCCUUUGAAUAAGCCGGAAUCUGCGUCCACCGGAAAUGGAGUGCCACCUGUUUAUUCGCUAGUUCGUCUCCCCGCAAGAGCAAAGCGAAGAGAACAAUUCGAAAUAGAGCCAUGGGUCGCAACCCGUGUCCAAACAGCGGUCAUGCUGGAUGAUAGAAAUGAUCGAGUAUUGUUCAUUGGUAAACACACGAUACAGUUAUGGUCCGAAUUUGCAGAAAAUAAAACUCUGCAAAUUGACGAAACUAUCAGACGACGUCUUUACUAUUGCUUUCGAAUACAAAUUGAAAGGCAUACAGUAAGAGAUGCAUCGUAUGCUCUUGGAAUUUUAAACUCAUUUGAACGUAAAUCAUGGGCGAGUGAAGGCUACCGACAUUAUGAAACACUUCUUGACGGCUGCAAAUCGAUCAUCGACCGUGCCCUUUUGUCUUACGAUGGCGAUGUAUUUGACAGUAUUGAAUCGACUGACGAAUCAGAGCACGGGGAGUUUCGGCUUAUACGCGAACCAGAGAACGAGGUUUUUCGACUUACAAUAAUUGAUGGCACUUCAAAUGACGAUUCAAAAGCGACAUGGAGCAAAAUAUUGCAGGUUUUAAUGCAAUUUGAUUGUGAACGAGCCAAUAUUUUGAUUGAGGAAUUGUUGAAGAAAGAAAAAAUUACUCUGACAUUUGAUGAUUUUGAGGAAGAAAAGCGUCAGUCGGAUCUUUCUCACGCUAUAUCGUUGAGUAGAACCAAUAUUGUCCGUUCAUUAUUACUCUACUACUACAAGAGAGCGACAUCGAUGAAUGAGAAAUCGAAAACUAAGCCUGACUUUGAGAAUAAUUUGCGAAUUGUUGUUCCUGAAUUCGGUCAACUGUGUGAAAAACACCCUGACAUUGCUCUAGAAUUGGUGAAAAAUAUCAGUUACUUCAAAUCUAACGGGCCCGUU